AUGCUCGCGACGGCGGGAGUUACCCACUGUGUGGCCCGAAUCCGGCGUCUGGGGCUAGAAGUGGCGCUAACGAAGUGCGAGGCCAUUUGUUUGUUCGGCCCGCGAAGAGCGCCUCCAGGUGGCGCAGAAAUUAUUGUGGGAGGCGUCCCAAUUGCUGUCAGGCCGACGUUACUCUACCUCGGCGUCUUGCUUGACAGUAAGUGGAACUUUAAGGCUCACUUUGAGCGUUUAGCACCCAAAUUACUGCGCGCAGCGGCGGCCUUUGGGCGUAUACUGCCCAACCUGGGUGGGCCCAAGGCCUCAUGCCGCCGCUUAUACACGGGUGUGGUGCGCUCGAUGGCGCUUUACGGUGCCCCAGUAUGGGCGGAUUCCGUCAGCAGCCACAACAUUGCCCAACUGCGACGACCGCAGAGGCCGCGUGCGUGCUGGCCGGUUCUCUGCCCUGGGACCUGGACGCGAGGGCCCUCGCGGCGCUGUACCAGUGGCGCGGGGAGGCGCGAGCCCGGGGUGCGCGGCACCAAGCGGCGCACCAAGCUGCUAGAAGACGCGACGGAGAUGUGGGUGCAGCGGCUAGAACGGCCGAGGGCUGGCUCCCGCACUAUAAAGGCGGUACGCCCAGUCCUUCAUGACUGGGUUGAAAGACGCUCCGGUGUCCUUACUUUCAGACUAACGCAGGUACUGUCGGGGCAUGGCUGUUUCGGCAGCUACCUGCACAAGGUUGCCCAGCGGGAACCGACACCGGAGUGUCACCAAUGCGGAGCCGGCGUAGACUCGGUCCAACACACAUUGGCUGAGUGCCCAGUUUUUGGGGAGGAACGGGAGGAGUUGGUCGCCCAGGUAGGGCAAGACCUUUCGCUGCCAGCCGUAGUUCAGGCCAUGCUGGGCAGUGAAAGUGCGUGGGAGACUGUGCUUACGUUCUGCGAGCACGUCAUGGGAGACAAGGAGGCGGCCGAGCGCGAACGGGAAGCCCGGGCCGAGGCUGACCCAAUGCGCCGCCGCCGCAAAGGCCGCAGACGUGCCGCUCAUGAGCGGAACCUGCCGCCCUGAUGAGAGCCAGCGGGCGGCGGACAUGGGGGCGUCCUCGCCCAUGACGCUGGCUCCCGAGAUGGUAAGCGCGACCUCGUGUUCCGGAAGCGCUUCCACUGGGACGAUCAAUAAAAAAAAUAGGGGUAUGGAUCCUAGUCAGGAUAGCCGCUGCGGGGUCGCGGACGCAUUGCGCGAGCUUCCCCGUAACCCCGCAACCAUAGCGGCGAGAGGACACCAUGGGGUUUAGUGGGUAGUGGGGCCUCUUUACAGUCCUGAGUCCCACAUAACCGUCCGGGUUUCUCCCCGGCCCGGCGGUAUGCGUAGAAGCAUUC